AUGCGGCGACGGCGACGCGGAUCUCCCUAAACCGGUUCGCUCGGCGCUGUGCUUCGCCAGUUUUCGCCCCCGCGGCCCCGGCGGCGCAACAACCGCUAGCUCGAAAGCAGUUUUGUGUUCGCUUCGCAACGGUGGAGGUGUCGGUGGUUCGUGUGGAGGACCUGCGCGCGAUGACCGCCGCCGCUGUGGUAGUAGCACCGCGACGAGAAGACCCUAUCAGGUGUUGCUCCCGCCGUCAGGUAGUGACGAUGGCGAGGUGCUCGUCGCUGCCGAUCGGAAUACCGCUGGCCGCCGUGUGCGUGGUGGUGCUCGUCGCUUCCGCGGUCGUCUGCUGCGGCGCUACGACGACGCCGGACUGCAGCGCGCCGCGAGACCUGCUGUCGUCGACGCUCGGAGGCGGCGACCACAGGUGGACCGAAGUGCUCGCCGCGUCGCCCACGUCGUCCGGCGGGUCUCUGACGCUGUGUCCGCUGGCCUCGGGUCUCAACACGUGCUGCACGCACGACACCGAGCUGAGGCUACGAGAGGCCGCCUGGGACCACUUCCGCUUCCGGCUCAGGGACUCCACGGCACCACUGCGACGCUUCCUGGACGACAGCCUGGCCCUCUUCCGCGAGCGCCUGUCCAGCCUGGUGUCCGAGGCUGAGCGCAACACGGAGCUGCUCUUUUCGGACGUUUACGCCGAGCGGGUGGCAGUCGAGGCGCGGGCUCCGGUCAGGCGGCUGUUCCGGGCACUGCGCUCCCGGCUGGGCCUGUCGGAGGGCGUGUCGGAGGGCUCCGCCGAGUUGGCCCGGGAGGACGGCGAGGACGACCCCGUGGAUGCCUUCUUCGGCGAGCUCUUUCCCCUGGUGUACUUCCACACAGUAAACCCGCGGCUGGCCGACUUCAGCGACGACUACAAGUCCUGCCUCAAGGGUGCGCAGGGAAGACUCAGACCCUUCGGUGACGCCCCGCUUAGGCUCAAGGGUUCCCUGGCCGAGUCCCUAGGUGCUGUUCGCACUGUGCUUCGAGCCACGCGACUGGCGCUCGAGGUGGUCAAUGCGUCCAGCUCGCCGCCGGACGACGCCGAGCCGCACUGCGCCCGGGCCCUGGCCCGAGCUCUGGGCUGCGGAGCCUGCGCAUCGCUGCCGCCCACGACAGUGGGCAAAGUGACCAAAAGGAGUGGAAAGUCUUCAACAUUGGCCCCGACAUGCUCGGGCCUAUGCGUGAAUGCUGCCCGGGGUGGCUGCCUGGCUGCACUGGAGGACCUGGAAACACCCUGGGGUGACCUUGUGUCGGCCCUGCACCGUCUUCUGCCGCGGCUGGUCGGUGCUUACAGUCUGGACGAGGCCUUGUCACUGCUGGACUCAAGGGUAUCCGAAGCUGUCAUCCACGCCAUGGAGAAUGGUCCUGAACUUUCUAAGAGGGUGAAGUUGGAAUGUGGUGACCCUCGGCGGCGCCCGGGUGGCACCAACCGAACCGAGAACCGGACUGAGCUUCCUGCCGCAGCCGGGCGACGACCCUCGGGAGCAACCCUGCGAGGCGCGGACGCGGCGCUGCGGUCGCGGCAGCGUGAGCUUCUGCGACAGCUCAGCGCCUCGCGCACUCUCUUCUCGUCUCUGGCCGGCGCUGUGUGUGACCCGGACGUGGUGGCCCCGCCUCCCUGCUGGAAUGGCGUCCAGAUUGGACGAUAUGUCAAGCCUGUGGUCACCCCUGGUGUAGCUGCGCAGCAUGAAAACCCUGAAGCAAGACAUCAGGUGUCAACAUGGGACUCUUGGUUGGACACACAUGCACGUCGCCUGAAGGAAAUGACAACAGAAAUUCUCAACCACAAAGUGUCAAUGAUGCCGGAAUCGGACUCCUACGUGAUGGAAGGCAGCGGCAGUGGUGCCUGGGCAGGCGAGGACAAUUCAGAUGACGAGGACUUCGACAGUGGCUCUGGCAGUGGGGAAGCACCUGAAGUUGAUCAACCAUCGCCGACAACCCGCGUCUCGACUUCCACCACAUCUCGUCCAAAGACAGGCGGCUCCACGACACCACAUGUGGCAGCAUUGGCACUCAUCGUGGCUGUGGUGUGCUCUCUGUUGUCCACAUUCGCAACCUGAGUGAUCCAGGGUCUCCGCUGCUUGCAAGUUUAGGAGGACCUGCUUGCCGAGAAAGCCCCGGCACCUUCUUUGUGGCAUUGUGAUAGAACUGGGCACGAGAAAUUGUGUGUUGGAAGCAUUAGUAUCUUUGAAUUUGUGUGUGUGCGUGGGCAAAGUGGACAAGGACUGUGGUGUUGCAGCCGGCAGCACUCUCCCACUGCAUCUUCUCUGGCCAGGGACUUCCCAGCUGUCUGUGGGUCUCGCAGCUCACGCGACAAUGCUGUGCCUCGAGUGUCUUCCUUCUUGCAGUUGCGUGACUUCCCAAAACUGUGGGACGAGCGGCUCGCUGCCUUUUUCUGCGCAUGUGCCAAGUGAACGAAACCCAUCGCCUGGUCGUGCCACCUUGCCUCUCCUGCUCCCUGCUUAAAAUGUGUCGUCAAGGCGAGGCCCCCCAGUGAUGUGUGGACUUGUGUCGCGUCACUGCAGCUGCGCCUCCAAGUAGUCAUUUCCUGCAGGUGUUGCUGUCUUUCCCCUCCUGUGGCCUUACUAUAUCUGACUCGAGCUCCUCAGCUGCAAACAGUCGUUCUGGUGCAACUGAGUGCUUUGCGAGAGGCCAGUGACUGUAACUUUCUCAAGUGUUUUUUUCUUGUCUUGCAUACAGAAUAUGGUCAAUCAAAGGUUUCUCGUAAACUGCUAAGAGUUGCUGCACAUGCCCAAGUGCAUCGCUUUGUUAUUGUGUGCACAAAGGAUGGUCUUGCUGUGCUUCUGCAGUGUUCUCAUACACUUUGUGCUACAAAGAGCAGUUGCUUUUGGACCCCAAUAUAUGCGGAUGACGUGCCAUCCUUGUGCCAUAGUGAGCAGCUGAAUGUUGGCAGUGCUGCCUAUGGUUUCAUUGUUGGGUAUGCAAAGUUUGAGUACCCCAUGGCCUACUCAAUUCAGUGGAGCUGGACUGCAGAACUGUUUCCUGGUUCCGUUGCUGCACGUUGGGCUGUGGUGUAAAUGUAAACAUCAACUGUUCAGUACGUUAGAAAUAUUUGGCCUGUAUGCUUGUGAGCAAAGUGCUGCAUAAGCUGCUCACAGAAUGGUCGUCAGCUCAGCAACUACCUGCGGCAUGUUGGCUUCCUUUUGGUCGACUUCCUUAAGUUUAUUCAGUUUUUCAAAACACUGCAAUUCACUCACUUUACAUAAUUACAAGACAUUACAUUUCUGUGUAAGCGGCUUUGGUAAUGAAUUUCAAUGUCUUUUGUUAAUUCUUGUUACACACUUUUAAUUUGUUAUCACCAUGUAGCGCAUUUUAAAUGCAUGCUUUUCAUGCAGAGUUACUGUUUGCUACAAGCUUCUAUGGUGAUGAAGCUUUUGCACUUCAAGCAAAAUUUCUUC